AGUCUGCGCGCGCGGCCCCCUGGGCGGGCUGGACUCGGUCUCCAGCUCCGCGUCCGCUAGGCCAGCCAUCAGUCUGUGAGUCUUUCUCGAGCCCGUCUCCACCGAGGCCCGCGGCGGCGGCGGCUGCGGCCCAGAUCGGAGUAGGCCUCCAUGGAGCACUGGACCCACAGUGCCUACCCUCCCCUGCCUGGGCCUCAGUUUCCACAUCUGCACAAUGGGGAUGAUUAUCCUUGCCCUGCUGGCCCCAAGAAGUGGCUGUGAGUGGGUGGUCUUGGUGCUGGAUUGGAGGAAGCCUUAGGACAGUUUCACAGGUGCAGCCUUCACCAUGGCAGGAGGGAGACCUCACCUGAAACGAAGUUUCUCCAUCAUUCCCUGCUUUGUUUUUGUGGAGGUACCUGUACUCAUUUUCCAACUUCCUGACAUCUCAUAUGCCGUCACCCAAGGAUCUCCAUGGAUUCCGUCCUGUUGGGAAUCGUGAUCCUGCUAGCAUACCGCCUGGAAUUCACGGACACUUUCCCUGUGCACACCCAGGGCUUCUUCUGUUAUGACAGCACUUAUGCCAAGCCCUACCCGGGGCCUGAGGCUGCCAGCAGGGCACCUCCAGCCCUCAUCUACGCCCUGGUCACUGCUGGACCCACCCUCACAAUCCUGCUGGGAGAGCUGGCGCGUGCCUUCUUCCCGGCACCACCCUCAGCCAGGCCCAUCGUUGGAGAGAGCACUAUUGUGUCUGGGGCUUGCUGCCGCUUCAGUCCUCCACUACGAAGACUGGUCCGGUUCCUGGGGGUGUACUCAUUUGGCCUCUUCACCACGACCAUCUUUGCCAACGCAGGACAGGUGGUGACCGGCAACCCUACACCACACUUCCUGUCGGUGUGUCGCCCCAACUACACGGCCCUGGGGUGCCCACCGCCCUCGCCGGACCGGCCAGGGCCUGACCGCUUUGUCACUGACCAGGGUGCCUGUGCUGGCAGCCCCAGCCUGGUGGCCGCGGCACGUCGCGCCUUCCCUUGCAAGGAUGCAGCUCUCUGCGCCUAUGCGGUCACCUACACUGCGAUGUACGUCACCCUAGUGUUCCGUGUGAAGGGCUCCCGCCUCGUGAAGCCCUCCCUCUGCCUGGCCCUGCUAUGCCCAGCCUUCCUGGUGGGUGUGGUCCGUGUGGCAGAGUAUCGCAACCACUGGUCCGACGUACUGGCCGGCUUCCUGACCGGAGCAGCCAUCGCCACGUUUUUGGUCACCUGUGUUGUUCAUAAUUUCCAAAGCCGACCAACCUCUGGUCGAAGGCUCUCCCCCUGGGAGGACCUGGGCCAGGCCCCCACGAUGGACAGCCCCCUCGAAAAGUUAAGUGUGGCCCAGGAACCCGAGGCCUGCAGGCCGCAUUCGACACCGGCACGGCUCACCCCAUCCAAGCCGCAGAACUGUGCCCGCCGUGGCCACCUGAUCCCCAGCUGCGUUUCUUCCAGGGCCCCAGCCAUGUGUUCGUCACCCCGUGUGCCCCGCCCUCGACUGAGGUCUGAGCCAACACCCCUGCCUCUACCUUUACCCCUGCCAGCACCGACUCCCAGCCAGGGCCCCUCACCUUCCUCCCCUGGUCCUGGGGGACCUGGAGGGGGUGGAGGGCGUGGCCGGAAGCUGCUGCUGCCCACACCCCUGCUGCGGGACCUGUACACGCUCAGUGGACUCUAUCCCUCCCCUUUCCACCGGGACAACUUCAGUCCUUACCUAUUUGCCAGUCGGGACCACUUGCUGUGAGACCCACCACCUACCACAAACAUACCCAAUGUUCUCAUUUCUCCCCUGGCACGCGUGUGUGUGCGUGUGCCAUGUAAGUGCCAAAGGCCCCUGCCCCAAAACCAGCCAGGACCAGACAUCGGGAGAUGGCUGGAAGGACACUGGGGGACUUUCAGGACUCCUAACCCUUCUGGGACAUCCCAGUAGGCAAAGCCGAUUGGGUGGGCCCUGGUCCCUAGGAUUGUCCUUUUAUGGGCUGAAGCUUACCCCAUUUGGCCCAGCCAACGAGAGGCAUCAGAAUUCUACCCAAAAGGGGUUUACUCCAGCCAGUAGGAGCCUCUCUCUCAUUUCUAGCGCCCUCAGGCUAGAGGGCGACUCCCCGGGUUCUCAGUAUUUCUUUCUAGAGUGGGUGGGAAUGAUUCCAAUCUAUGGGGGACUGCCCGUGUACGCAUGUCAAAGCCGAGAAGGGAACCCAGAUUCUGUCCUCCCAGAUUCAUGAAUCCUACUGGAGGGUGGGGGGCAGGCUCCCCCGUGGCAGGGUCCUUGGAGCACCCCUCCCCCACGUGCACCAUCGUAUCUGUUCCCUACCAGCUCUACUUAAGCAGGGCUUACCCCAUUUCUCAUUUCAGAGAUUUGGGGGUUUCGGGUGCUGUGUCUCCCCUUGGCUGUGUCCAGAGCACCCCCAGACCUUCUGUUAUUUACUAGGGCUUGGGAAGGACUUUUUUCUUGGAACCCACCCUUUCUUCUUCACAGUCCCCCAUGCGUCUGCCUCAUGGGGAUGUGCCAUCUGGGGGACAUAAGUGGAACAUAAAGGGGCUUCCCUAUCCUGAGCAGCCAAAGGCAGCAGGCAGACGAGACACUGUCCCUCUUCCCUGCCCCUCUCCAUCUUUAAUAAAGACCUGUUUGUAACAGAA